AUGUGGUUGUGUGUUGAGGUUCGGAAUCUUGGCGAUAUUUCGAAUGCUCGUUGCUUGGAUUGUGCUAUUGGUCGGCAUGAGAAGAAGAAACCAGUGAAAUUGUACGGGUGUCACGGCGCUGGCGGCAACCAGCUACGAAAUCAAGGUGCACCAUAUUGUGUGGAUAGUGCGAUCGGUGAAGACAACGAUGCAAAGCCGGUCUCACCAUAUCCAUGUCAUGAACAGGGUGGAAAUCAGUAG